AUGCAUGUACGCUAUUUACAGCAUCAACAUCAGGGCACCGUUCAGCUGCUACUGAUGCCGUUGAGCACGGCGGCCAGCUCCAUUAAAAGCUCCAAAUGGGUCGAUGACGGUGACGAAUCCGAAUGCGAAGCAGUGCCACUACCCAUACAGACGUUCUUAUGGCGUCAAACAAAUCCAUUCCUCGGAGCUAAAACCGGCAAACUAUACGAAGCAUCAUGUGUGACAUUCGAGAGGGUGGUUGUUCAAAAUAUUCUCCAUGGUUUGUCGCCUUCGCUCUCUGACGCCAUCGCAAGCGUUAGUCGAUGGAAACUCGUACGAGCAGCACUUCCGCAUGUCAUACAGUGCUGUGGUUCUUUGCUGGAGGCCUCCGACGGCAAAGGAUUAUCAGCAUCUCUACAAAAGAUCUUGUACAUACUUCACUGGAUGCUGCUGGAUUCAGCAUCAGAAUGUGCCGAGGCUUCACCAAAAGAAGAAAUUACCCCUCGUGGUCAAGGGCUUUUCUCCCUUUCGUCAAUUCAACUUUUUGUCUAUCUCAUCACUCCGCUGGCUGAAAUGGUUUCUGAGGAGGAUAUUGCAGACAACAUACGAUUGGAAAGUGGAAUGAAGAUUUGGCAAGCUCUUUGGCAGUACCGACAACCAGACGUGUGGUGUUUCACUGCACCCGUCAAGCAACGAAAAGACGAAUUGCCCCAAGUAACAUUUCUGCGGAGGCCAACAGUAGCUUCUAUUCCACCUAAUCAAGGCAUUUACAUAGGUGAGGAAGAGAUACCGCGGAGACCCUCAGUAGCAGUAGUUCCACCACCGAAACCUCCUCGAACGGAUAGGGCGGUACUGGACGAGAAAAGAAGACGUGAAAUGGAAAAGCGAAAACAGCAGGAGGCUGAGCAGCAAAAACUGCUUCAAAAGGAGAAAGAAACUGAAGCGACGCCUUUGAUGCCAGAAAAUAACGAAGCACUGCUGGUGGAUGUACAAGGGCCAUCUCCUACUCCGACCACUUUGGCAAUGACAUCGUCGAUUGUCCGAAGCGUUAGCGAAUAUAAGACGGGUGAAUCCAUUCCAACUCGAAGAAUUGCGAAAAGUAACACCACAAAUGCAUUUGACAUAAGCCCUACGUCCGAAAGUUCACUGCAUAUGCUGGAUGAUGUCGACGACGUUCUCAGAUGUAACGAGGACAGCAAUUCAUUAUCUGGUGUCUUCAACCAGCAGAGCGACGCUCCGCUUGUGAAUAUCAGUGACAUCUGCAGUGGCUAUUCGUUAGAGAUGGGGAAUGGUGAACUAAUCAAGGAGCUGAGUUGCAACAAAUGUGGAAAGCUCCUUCCUCGGGAUCAGUCGGCUUGUUCUUGUCAAUGCAACGAAAGCACUGGUGUGACACUACUAGCGAACGAAACGCCACCAGUGAUUCUUACUCGGGCAUCUACUACCGACGAUACCGUAUCUUCGUCAAGUCAGCAUACUGUAAUCCCAGUGAAGCUACCACCUAGAACUCCAAUAGAAAUAUCAGAUUUUCAUGCUAUGGAAACUGCUCGAGUUCAACCCAAACAGCCAUCAAAAACCGAAGUGAGCAGCGUGGACGACGAGAUUGAGGACCUUGGUCAAACCGAUCCCAUGAUUGCCACUAUGCUCGACGUUGCUGUCAUUCGAGCCCUCCUGAUCACUCACUGGCAAGAACAAGGUAUUUAUUGGGCCAUGCGCUACUUGCUGAAUCGAAUCGAACAAAUACAGAAUCACUUCGCUUUGCACGGAACUAGGCAUCGUAGCAAUUCAUUGCCAUCUGGGGAGAGGAAACCAAGUUUAGCACUUGGCCUUUCCUCGUACAACAACACAACCUGGGAAGAUUUCCAACUAAAAAGAGAUGAGGACGACAAAUCAAAGCUACAUGUCGCCUUCAGCGAUACAAGCAGGCGGAAAUCCACUGACCAGACUUCCUUUCCUCUACGACCUCAUCAGUCGCGGAGAUCCAGCUUGAAUACGCUGACGAAACGAGAACGAAAUAGAUCCGAUCCAUCGCUAACGAAUUCUUGUGAGGUGCUGUCUAUCCGAGAAGACAGCGCAUCAGUGAGCAAUUCUUCAUCGAAGUCCGAGAAAACAAACGAGAGAAUCGCAGCCAAAUUCUACCCAGAAGCUCGCGGUAGUUCGAGUUUUAUCGAACGGAACGGCAGAAUCAGUCUUACUGUCAUAGUGCAAACAAUUAAUCAGGUCAUGGAACGAAAUGGGGUUGUAAGAUUGUGUGAACUAGCCCUCAACAUCGCUGACACUCUGCUCCGAAUACGCAUCGAUCAAACCGAGACCUUUUUCAUGCAGCUGACCAUGAUGAUCUUUAGGAUAUACCUCUCCCUUGGUUGUCCAUACGGCUGUAACGAUGGCAUAAAAAGUCAACAUGCUGAUUUUCUACGAGUCAAAGCUAAGACAAUUCUGGCACAGCUGGAAAAAUUGCAGCAGAAUCGGUUUCGAACAAUCUUUACCACCUACGUCGAAGAGAACAAUCCGCAGUUGAUCCUCGAUCUCAUCCAUGCUAUCACGGCCUUCUGUCGCUCUGAAUUCCCACAGGACACUCGAAAGCAACCCGAAAGCAAAGCCCCAUCCUAUCGGAAUCGCUUCAAUGAGCGCGAGAAAGGGAUUGAAGGACGAAUCAUCAACGCCACAUUACGAGGGCUAUCCUCGAAAUUGGCCAAGAUGCAGGAUGAGCUGAACCAGCCAGAAAAUAUGAGCCUCUUGGGAGAUGUACGUAUGUUGGUGAACUUUGUUCAAGAGCAGCAUGGAAAUCCAUUUCGAAGAGUUGGACUAAGCGCAUUGUUGGACGCCAUCGACAAGAGACCAAAGUCAGAAAGCAAGACACCAACAGAACCUUCCAAUCAAAUAGAUUCACCAUCGAAGUUAUCCCCACAAACAAGUCGCUCUCGUUUGCGAUUACGUUGCGGCUUCGUCGAGAGGUCUUCCACACUGACUCCACAGUCACCUCGUCGUCAGCUUCUGCACAAUAGUGUAGCCGGCGUUUCUCUUUCUCUUGAUAGCGACUUGCCGAGAAGAGAUGAAAGCGGUAAAAGUAGUCCUAGUGGAAACCUUGCUCCUCCAAGUCGCAACGAUCAAGCGUCGCUAAGGAGAGGAUUGUUUAAGAAGAAGGAGAAGACUUCACAUGACUCUAUGCUGAAAAGCGGAGCGGAUGACUCGGAUGCGGAUUCUUCGCCGUCAACUCCUCGCACGAUCUCGUCCAUGGACGACAGUCUUUCGCCUCUGGUGUCCGCAGCUAUGAUGAAGAAAAAAAGUGCACCGAAACUGCAUUUUGCAUUCAAUCUACUAAAAUCCUCCAAAGCGGAGAACAACGAUGACGAAUGCUCGGAUUCAGAAACUGCUGAUGAAUUUGGAGAAAUGGACGUAUUUUCAAGAAAGAGUACAACAGAGAGUAUUCGUAGGAAAACCUUCAAAAGUCCAGCAGAUGCCCAAGGAAAUAUUCGCCUUUACAAUGUGAUUGUUCCUGCUCCGAAAUGGUUGGAUAAUAAGGGAAUUUUCGAGGGAGUGAGGCGAUUUGCAUUUUUGUUGGAAACCACUCGGCCAGGAACGUUUCCUGAUCCACCGCUGAUUGCUGCUCUUUUACAUUUGAAGUCACCAGUUCUUGCUCGAGCUGCGCUGCUCCUUGAGUGCUGCCAUUUUGUCUCGCGAUGCAACCGUGGACAUUGGCCAGAGUGGAUCCGAAGUAGUCACCAUCGCACCCUCAGCCUGGGAGGUCCACUGGCAAAUAGAGGCACUCCAUCUGGAACACGUCGAAUGCAUUCGUUACAGCGAACAGCCGGCAGAUACUUCUACCAGUGGGCUAUUCAGAUAGGAGAGCAAUUAUCGCGUUUCCUUGAGCUGGUCGAAGCUAAAGACAAACAAACUCUGAAAAUGGAGGACACUAUGGAGGACUUCUUUGACGAUUCGAUCGUGAACGACGAGUCAGGCGAACGAUGUCCUCCGGCUCUUCAGCUGAUUGCGAUACUUCUUCUCCAUGAGAUCACAUCGUUCUUACGCGAAACCUUCCGAACUAUCCCAAGAACCAAGAAUAACAAGACUGCCACUACUUCUGGAUGGGAUAAGCUGCUGUCGCACCGUCGCUGGUCCAUCCUUUCAAAUACGUUCAAUGCUCAACAAACUGGAUCAGUGAGCAGCGUUGUUGACAUCAAUUCAUCUAUGCAUUUGAACGAUCGCGAACGUCGAAUCAGCUUGUCAACAGCUGAGGAGGAUUCACCAAGAAGCUCGAAGGAUACCAUUGACGAAGCUGUCGUUGACAAAAAAGGUGUUCGUCCCCCAUCGUUGAGUGUUCGUCUGUUUUCUCGUCAAUCGACGCACGAGGAUUCUGGAAGUUCCGCCCAUGGAUCAACGAAGUCGUCGAGCACCUAUGUACCAGAUUCAGGCUCUUUUGGACGGAGAAUAGCCACUGGGCGGCAACGGUUACUGAAGAGGGGCUCACCAAUAGGCCAGCAACCUUCGCUGGAGUCCAGUCAUAAAAGGAGAUCGCUUAGAAUUCGAAAGGCAUCGAAAAUCCAACACCCGGAAGAGAUCGAAGACCGAACUGAAGAGGACGCGCCACCGAUACAGCGAGCGCGGUCCGCUCGUGCAUCCAUCUGGACCCUGCGCGCGGCGAUUCACCAGGUUCCCGAACUCGCAGGGGCCCUGAUCCAAGAAGCACUUGGAGCCCGUGAUUCUCUCAAGCCGGCAGAGGAACCUCCCCUUCAGUCUCCCACAGAACAUACUAUUCCGAGCCACAGCAGUUCGCAACAAGGAAGUGCUUAUGGACAGCAGCCAACGCCCAAGGCACAAUUCGAUGAUGAGGAGCAAGCCAUACUCUCUCAUCUGCCAUGGAUCAAGAUAAUAAUCCGAACAGCCAAUUCAUUCGAUACGAAUUGUACGCACGAACCAGUCUGUACGCAGCGAUGUUUUCUGAGGGUGAGCCGACAAUGCCAUCGAAUGGUAAUGGCACUUUCUACCCUGUAUGGAGCCUACAGGGAAGUGAAGACGAGGGUAGAUAAACGCAAGUUGUUGAUGGACAAAUGGGAGGGAGAACAGCAAGCACUUCGUCGAUCGAUUCAUUCCCGACAAUCUGCCGCUGUGCCAAGACGAGAAAGCGCAAUGGUCGGUGCCAAUGCAGAGUACGGUAGCAAGGCUAUCAAGGCAAUGCUAAUGGAAAAGAUGAUGCAAGAAAAGGAACGUGAGAAGGAAAAGGAAAAGGAGGAAGGAGUUCACAAGAAGGCAAGCGUGGAGCAAGAGCGCCAAUCAGAAACAAGUGUAGAUGAACCUGAGGAUGACGUCAAUAAGGAAAUGCUCAGCUACAUUCGGACAUUGGUGCUCAAUCUGAUGCACACCCCUUUGUCGGCAGCAUUGAAAAGCUCUCUACUGCUUACUCCUGAGCAAUACAAGCAGAUGAUUGAGGUCUCAUGGUAUCUGCUACUCAAUGAAGAUCCACAUGUCGUGCUCAGCGCCGCUUCAAUGUUCAUUGUUACUUGUGUACGUCGGGCAGAAGAUGCACUUAGAGUGAUCAAGAAAGCUCUCGAGUCAACGAAUGCCACUGAUCGAACGGAAGGGAUUCAAAGAUUUUAUGCCCUGUGGAGAAACCGAUUUCAUGUUUGGCUGAAGAUGGAAGAAGGAGCUCAAAGCUCAUUCAAGGUACCACCGCCUGGCAUCGAUUUCACUUUACCAUCGCCAGCCAUUGGGCAAAGUCAGCUGCCAGUAGUAGAUCCUCCCUGGAUGCCACACCUAAAAACGAAGAUAGAGGAGCUUUCGCUGAAGGAAGAAGAGCAUGCUACGUCUCAAACGAUCAUGACGAUGACACGAACACGGCGGAAACAAAAACAGGAGAUGGUGAAGAGGGCAGUACGAGAUGCGGAAGAAAGGCAAUGUGAACAAAGACAAUUGUUCAAGCUGCGCGGAUCCGCCAUAGUUCAGCAAGCAGCCUACGAACCAGCGCUAUUCCAUCAUCAGCAAGAACAAGCGGAAGAAUCCGAAACGGCCCACCAUGCUGCCCGUCACCCUAUGCCCGUCGCCCAACCGCUCUUUCCUUCACCUCUUUUAGCUGUUAUUCCCAGCAUUAUCGAAAUGCUCGACGAUCCCCAAGUCGACAAAAAUGGUGUUUCUGUGGCUGAUGUAUCACGCAAGGUCAUCUGGACCUGCAUAGUAGAAGAUCCAUCGCUCUUCUUCAGACAUUUUCUAGAAAAAUUAACAAAUCGCGAGCGACAGACUCUUACAAAUGAAUAUCGCCCCACUGCCAGCUAUGAAUACCUCAUGUCGCUGCUGCGCAAGUUGAUCUUACGGUUCAACCCUUUACCUAGCCAAGCAGCGUACUCCUUGCUCAAUUAUUUGUUUGGAUUUGUCAUGCACUACGUGCGAGCUCAGUGCGAAGGUGCUGACAAAGCCCUUGGUAUGGCUCUGUCCCUCACUUGGAUUUUGGCUCCCAAUGUGCACGGGCUCUAUUUCAAGGACCUGAAGCAGACACUGAAGAAGGAGCAGUGCGAUCAAGCCCUCAUGAUCACUGCAAAUGUUCCAUCAGCAAAGAAAAUUAUUGUACAUGGUCCUGACUCGACUUUGGGUGGCAUCCCCAGCCAAUUUCCCGUUCAUGAGGACACCCAAUUCCAGCAGAUACUUAGUGACAGCCUUGAGUUCUUCAACAUUGACGAAAAUGAGGUGCAUUCGUACUUUCUGACAGAUACAAAGACAGGACUAAUUCAUCUUCCAUCGUCAUAUGUACGGGAUUUCUACUUCUUCCAUCGCUCAUUCUAUCCACAGCUAACCCUGAUCAAACUCGAUUUGGUAGAGGCCCACUUGAGAAUGAGGCAGACAGCGUUUGCACAGCGCUUUAUCGAAGUUGGAAAAGUGCUGCUCACACAUAACAUUCUGAAGUACAGUCCGCAACAUGUUAUUGCACAACGCGUUUUCUUCUUGCACGAUGAGCUUACACACUUGCCAUCUUUCCCACGUAAGAGCCUAGAAACAUGCUUUGGAAUGUACCACGGAGAAAUGGGCGAGCAGUUAAAGGCAAUGGAAGCUUUGCACAAGUUUACAUGGGCUAAGUUGAUGUCGGAUAUGUUCGAGAAGAUGGAGAACGCGUUUAUGUUUGCCGAUCUGCACCUCUUCAUAAAUGUGGUGAAUGGGAUCAUGAUCAUGCACUGUGAAGAUCUGCUAAUUUUACGACGAUGUGCUGCCACUUACAUAGCCAUGUGUAUCCAUUUCAACAGUCUCUUCGCUAGUCAGGGUUUCUUCCUCAUUAUGCCAACCCUCCUGCGAUGCUAUAGUCAGCGACAGACGAAUCGCGUGUUUUGCUCAGUCGUGGAGUUCCUUUGUCGACAGUUCUACACUCUUCAUAGGAAACCUUUCUUGCUGCAAAUGUGUGGCUCUAUAGCCAACAUAAUCGACAACAGCAACAACGAUUUCGAGAUCAAUCCAAUGCGUGUCAAAGCUAAAUACUGGUUCGCGUUGCUAAAAAAUAUGGAGAACAUGGGUGACGAGAGUGAUCAGUUCGACAUUCUGGGGCUUGUGCCUUACGAUAAACCGCUAAAGGCCCUCGACUUGUGCUAUCGUGAUGAUCCGAACACAUUUUGCCUGCUGACAGAUGCCAUUGCAAGCUGCAUUUGCGUCUGUGCUUUUGCUCCGGAGAGCAAACGAAGUCACCAUAUGCUUCUAGUAAUGGCUGCGCUCCAACCUCACCUCAUACGACGAAUCGAGGAGGAAACAGCAUUGCAAAACAACGCUCCAGCUGCGGUAAAGCACGAGAUAUCGCAGUGGACGACGCUGUGUGUUGAGAUGAAAGCACUUAUCAACAGCUGCGAUGUUUUGGCCAGAGGUCCACAACGUGCGUUUGACCUCGUAAAUACCGUCUCUGAGCGUGGAAAAUCGUUGGUCGCUGAUUCGCCUCAAUUUUUUGAUCCACCUACCACGAACGAGGAUGAGAAUAGCCGGCCGUAUCACGUGAAGGAGAAGAAAUCGGUUGCCAUAGGAUGGGAAGCGGCAGAGAUUGAGGAAACCCACAAAGAAAAUUAUCGUCGGCCGAGGGACACCCUGCUUUGCCUGGCAGCGCAGUUCAUUGAGAUGGCUACUCCAAGGCUCAAAGAAUUGGCAAAGCUUAGCUCUACCAGCGAGCAUACGAAAAUCCCCGAAGUGAUGGACCACAAAUGCCAUGUUAAGCUGAGCGAGAUUGCUUUAGCAUUGUUGAAGAUCGCCUCCUAUGACCUGACCACUAUGUCUUGCCCUGGGUUGCAAAAGUAUUUCACCACGAUUAUGCCUGUAACCGACUGGUCUAUCGAGUCAAAUCGCUCAGCCCUUGGAAUCAUUCUCAAGCGUUUGGACAAAACCAUAGCGAAGAUCGCCAAGAAGCAAAGCAUUCGGAGACGGGUGAAUUGGACAGCGUUGGCCAGUUGGAUCAAGGGAAUCUGCGACACACUCUCUGUUUAUCCGUACAUGGCUCAUUUGAAUCCGUUGAAGUCCACUACACAAAUGUGUCUACGAAUAAUAGCUGGUGACACAUUUGAAGAAGGAAGCAACAUAUCUGCCCAUUCAACCACAGUUCUUCAUCCAGCUCCGCCACCGCAAGUGUUCUGUAAUGCUGUUUUGCGUAUGACAACAAUACUCAUGCAGGCGCUGGGCCAGGCAUCGUUCUCUCUGGAAAUGGUUUGCGGAGCUGAGGGUCUCGGAGCAGCCGCAGAUCGGAUCGAGGCCGUUCUCUGCCAUUUCUUGAUACCUUUGUUCCUGAGGACGGCGACUAAUCCUAAAGAAGCUUCCGUAAUCCAAGCUAAAGAUCUCUCCUUCUGUCUAUCCCUCAUGCAACAUGCGAUCUCGCCUCCAAUCGGCAAACACAGCACAGCCCCUACGGCCAGCACAACUACCCUUGCUACCAGCUUUAUUAGAGGAGAUCUCACUGGAAGGCAAGGCUCAGUUUCUGUCACCGACAGGGGACAUUCUGCCACCGUUUCUACGCUUCGGAUAGUCAGAGACAGUGUAUCUCAAUGCAUUUACCUAGCUCUCAAAGUGAUGAUGCUAUGCUUUGGAAAGCUGCUCACUCCUCUCUGGCCAAGGGUUGCCCGACUUGUGAGAGAUCUCAUAAGCAAAAAGCAAGGUGGUCAAAGUGCGGUACAAUUCAUCGAUUUCAUUCUUCAUGCCCAACUUCCCAUCUCUUUGCUCAUCAUACCCACUAUCCAAAACAGGGUGAAGCAAAAACCAACUUGUGAACAGGAUACACAAUGGCAAGCUGAACUUAUCGAAAGAAUGGAAUCGAAUGAGCAUUACACCCUCCCCUUAGGGGCGAUGUUGAACAAUUGCCAAGUUGAGCUGGCGCAACUCAAAGAUGAACUAGCUACCCGGCCUUUGGAUCUCCCUCGCUCUUACACUCCCACUGCUCCUGAUCCCCAUUCCGAUUCUUCAAACGCGUCUACCAUCCAGAAGAAGGAUAGAAGGGCAAGCACUCGAAAACCUCCUCCGAUCAAGGAAGGUACCGAAGGGACGAUCCUUGAAGAUGUCGAAGACGAGAGCGCUGAAUCUGGGCAACAACCGUCUACAAGCGCUAGAGUUACAAAAAGUCCGAGUGUACCCCUUAGCAAGGUUGGAUCCUCACCUCGCACAAGGUCGAUCAGCGGUUUUGGCAUGUGGAGAAGCGUACGUCGAAAAUCUCGUCACAUAUCUGAAAGCGAAAGCGAGGGUGAACGAAGCGUUGAAUUGUCAGACAUACAGAAAAAAGAUGAGGCCGGCGGGGUUUUGCGAACGCCAAUUCGUCGUUCCACCGAGACUCUGGUCCUUCCUCUACAUGAAACUCUCGACGCAAACAGGCAAAGAUAUGUGUCCUUCACCACUCCUAAGAAGCGAAAUGGGAAGAGCGAUGACGAUGUGUUCCAAAUUACCGAACAACACCAACUAGUCUGAAAUUUAUCUUAUUGUGACAGUUUGUUAUGAAUAAUUAUCAUGUACUUGGUGCUUUAACGGGUUUGCGCAUUUCCCAAUUUUUACAUGUUGUCAAUUCCUUUUUCGUGAACAUGUGUUAGUAAUUUGAAUCUUUCCAAGCACCUUGCGUACAAAUGUAUACGGUCAUCUUCUUCUUGCCGAUUUCUCCAACGGCGUUGCCAUUGUGGUGCCAACAGUAAAGAUGCAUUU